AUGUGUCCUGAUCCGUAUAAAGGUCCGUGGGGUGGAAGGAACUGUCGUGAUUCAUUGCUUCAGCCAAAACGCUCAUGCGAAUGCAAUUAUUCACAGUGUAAGGCUUGUGAUGAGUACAUGAACGAAUUACACAACGCACUCAAAUAUGAAUACGCAGAAAAUGGUGUCGCAGGUAUGCUAAUUGAAUCGAUACAAGGUGUUGGUGGAGUGGUACAAUUUCCGAAGGAGUUUAUCAAGAGAGCAUUUGAUACGAUACACUCCAAAGGCGGUAUCUGUAUAAGUGAUGAGGUACAAACUGGAUUCGGACGACUCGGCUCACAUUUCUGGGGCUUUCAAUCGCAAGAUGCUAAUCCUGAUAUUGUCACCAUGGCAAAGGGCAUUGCAAAUGGUUUCCCGAUGGGUGUUGUGGUAACAACUGAGGAAAUAGCAAAAAGUCACUCGAAACCGCUUUAUAUGAACACAUUCGGUGGUAAUCCAUUGGCUUGUACUGUAGCCAAAGCUGUUCUCGAGGUGAUUGAGGAAGAAAAGUUGCAAGAGAACAGUGAGAAGAUCGGUGAAUUUAUAAUG